AUGGAAACUUCUCAUGAACAUCAUCAUAAGUGCGGUUCCACACUAGUACAAACUAUAGAUGCUCCACUAUCUCUAGUUUGGUCAAUACUACGUCGGUUUGAUAACCCUCAAGCCUAUAAACAAUUCGUGAAAACGUGCAAUCUAAGCUCCGGAGAUGGAGGAGAAGGCUCCGUCCGUGAAGUGACGGUGGUUUCCGGUCUUCCCGCGGGUUUUAGUCAAGAAAGAUUAGAUGAACUUGACGAUGAGUCUCAUGUGAUGGUGAUUAGUAUCAUUGGUGGUGAUCAUCGUUUGGUUAAUUACCGUUCGAAAACGACGGCGUUUGUGGCGGCUGAGGAGGAGGAGAAGACGGUGGUCGUGGAGAGUUAUGUGGUGGAUGUGCCGGACGGAAAUAGUGAGGAGGAAACGACGUCUUUUGCUGAUACCAUCGUUGGGUUUAAUCUUAAGUCAUUGGCUAAGCUCUCGGAAAAGAUGGUCGCUCGUCUAAAUUUGUAAUUUUUAGAAUAU